AUGUUGGGCAUGAGAUCCCAUAUCGAGUUUCACGACUCUAAUCCCUCCGAGGCUGAGAAGCCUAGACAUAUCGAUGGACCGGAGGCAUCACUCGACUAUUCCCCGCUGCCACGCUUUACUGGACGCUCACUGGCAAUGGGUGCCUUAGUAUCCAUGGGCGGCUUAAUCUUUGGAUACGACACUGGUCAGAUUUCUGGUUUCUUGGAAAUGCCAGAUUUCUUGAGCCGAUUUGGCGAGCUUGACAGCGAUGGUGUCACGUAUCACUUCACUAACGUCAGGUCUGGUCUCGUUGUCGGUCUUCUGUCAAUUGGUACGCUCGUUGGUGCACUCGUCUCUGCGCCCAUUGCCGAUAAGAUUGGCCGACGUAUAUCCAUCUGCUUGUGGUGUCUUGUCGUCUCUGUCGGUUUUGUUAUCCAAGUUGCCGCUAUAACCUCGUGGGAACAGAUCAUGAUAGGCAGAUUAGUGGCUGGCUUUGGUGUUGGCGCACUAAGCUUGCUCGUCCCGAUGUACCAAGCCGAGACAGCGCCCCCGUGGAUCCGUGGCGCUCUGGUGUGCACCUAUCAACUAUUCAUCACACUCGGCAUCUUCCUGGCUGCUUGUUUCAACUAUGGAACAUACACGCACCAGAAAGACAACGCUUCAUCGUGGCGCAUCGUCGUUGGCUUGGGAUGGAUUUGGACGUUGAUCCUUGGUGUGGGAAUUCUGGCUUUCAACGAAACCCCACGAUUCGAUUAUCGCCGGGGAAGAAUCGAUCAAGCAAAGCAAACGCUUAUGCGGGUCUAUGGCGCGCCGGCGAACCACUACGCCAUCCAUGUGCAACUCGAGGAGAUUGCCAGCAAACUCCGUGCUGAGACGCAAGCCAAAUCGGGGAUUUUCGAAAUGUUCAAGGCACCACGGAUGACCUAUCGUAUCAUCCUCGGCGUGCUUCUGCAGAUGUUUCAGCAACUGACAGGCGCCAACUUCUUUUUCUACUACGGAACCACGAUUUUCGCAUCGGUUCAGAUCAGUUCUUUUGUAACUCAGAUGAUCUUGAACGGCAUCAACUUUGGCGUUACGUUUAUCGGACUGUACCUCGUUGAGCAUUACGGACGGCGAAAGUCGCUCAUUGUUGGCAGUGUAUGGAUGUUUGCCUGCUUUAUGGUCUUUGCAUCGGUUGGCCACUUCCUUUUGGAUCAGGAGACACCGACAAACACACCCACGGCUGGUAUAAUUCUGAUCGUCUUUGCUUGUAUCUUUGUCCUGGGCUACGCAACUACUUGGGGUCCCAUGGUUUGGACUCUGAUCGCCGAGUUAUACCCAUCGAGAUACCGUGCGAGAGCAAUGGCACUUGCCACCGCCAGCAACUGGACCUGGAACUUUCUUAUCGCAUUCUUCUCGCCCUUUAUCACCUCUGCGAUCGACUUCCGAUAUGGUUAUGUCUUUGCCGCAUGUAACUUGGUCGCUGGCGCGAUGGUCUAUUUCUUUGUCCUCGAAGGCCAGGGGCGGUCACUGGAGGAAAUCGACACCAUGUAUGUUGAGCAUGUUAAGCCCACCAAGUCAUCGCAGUGGGAGCCACCGUCACCAGAAGAAAUGGCUAGAAUACGCAGAGAGGCGGGUACAGAAGUUGAUGCCCCACCUGUCAACGAGGGCAGUACUUAUAGUGGGGAGACUGCGGGCAGGUGA